CUUGGCUUAAUUAGCACUUAAUUAGCACUUACGGAAGUACUUAAUUACCUAUAGCAGUCUGUAACAACUGACGCAAUACAAUUAUCAAGAUUCUAACGUAGACCUGUACAAAUGAAACUCAAUCGCAGUUCCAGUAUUGGAAGCGAAGCCUGUUCGUACGGACAUCUGAAUAUCCUAGUCCGGUCUCGUCUAACUUCCGGUUAAUUAUUUGGCUUCAAGUGACUGUCGUCUUACCAUACAGAUCUUCUGGCUAACAAAAGUUGCUUAGUGACCACCCCUCCUGGGUGUUUCUGCGGGCGUCCCGCUUAACUUGAAACUCACACAACUACGUGCGUUUAUGAUCUGAUUAUAUUCCUUUCCACUUGUAAGAACAUGAUUGGCACUGAACAGACUAUAAAACAGAUACGCGUCGAAGGACCGAUGGGAUUAGUAUUUUUCAGGUCAUUUUAAUAUACCUCAUUCUGCAAAUGGCUGAUUCGGAAGAGUCAGGUCGCCAUUAUUUUGAAGUCGGUCCUGAUCCCCUCAGCGAUGAGGAAAACGGUGAAGUCUGGGAAGAUGAAACCGACCCCGAAACAGCCAGAUCGUCCCGCACGUCAUCGGCAUCUUCUCAGUCUACGCGGUCCGGCAGCUCCGAUAGUGACAGCUGCUCUGGAAGUGAACAGGAAGACAUUCGGGACUAUAAACGCGGCGGUUAUCAUCCGCUGAAACCCCGUGAUUUUCUCAACAAUCGCUACCUAAUCAUCCGCAAACUAGGUUGGGGUCAUUUCUCCACCGUAUGGAUGGCCUUUGACCAGACGGACAACGAUUUCAAAGCGCUUAAAGUGGUUCGCAGUGCCAGCACGUACACGGAGACGGCCCGCGAUGAAAUCGAUCUCCUGUUGCAUGCCGCCAAGGCCUGCCCCACCGAUCCUCAUCGCGACCGCAUUGUCCGGCUGCACGACCAUUUCGAGCUGGAUGGACCGUUCGGGCACCAUGUGGUACUGGUCAUGGAAAUAACCGGGCCAAGUCUAUUCAGUGUGUGUCGCCGUGCGGGCAAUCAUGGGCUCAAGCUGCAGACUGUACGUAAUCUGACCAGACGCAUUCUGGAAGGGCUAGCGUACAUGCACGAGAAGGCGCAGAUGAUCCAUACGGAUCUCAAGCCCGAAAAUGUCUCCCUGGAUAUCGGGGCGCCCGAGAAGCUGCAGCUGGCUAAGGAAGCACUGUGGUUCUCGAACCAUAACCUUUCCAUGCCAAAAAGCAUGGUGUCCACAUUCUUCUAUGAGAAAAUUAGAAAAGAGAACCAAAUUCCUACACUUCCGCGCAUUGAACCCGAACAAAGUUCAUCCUCGUGUGAUAUUGACGCUGUCAACGAUUUGCUGGAGAAUCAAGACAAAGGAGACGAUGCGGUCAACAGUCCGCUUUCGGCGACCUCAGAAAAGAAUCUCGAUCCCGCCAAGGAUAUCUGUGAUCCCAGUAUCAAGAUUGUUGAUAUGGGCAACGCCUGCUGGACGUACAAAAAGUUCACCAGCGAUAUCCAGACGCGCGAAUACCGCGCUUUUGAAGUCCUAAUGGGCUCGGAUUACCAAGCCAAUGUCGAUGUGUGGAGUGUGGGAUGUAUGGCCUUCGAAUUGGCCACGGGCGACUACUUGUUUAAUCCACGUCAUGGAGAGGAUUUCGCCACAGAUGAAGACCAUGUUGCGCAGAUGAUCGAGCGGAUUGGCUAUCCUAGCCGGAAAGUGGCCACCAAGGGCAAAUACUGUCACAAGUUCUUCAACCGGCGAGGGCAUUUUAAAUGUUUCAGCCAGAAAGAAUUAGAUCCACAAAGCAUCAGCGCUUUGUUGAUCGAAGAGUAUAAAUGGAAACCGGAGGAAGCCCGGAUAUUUGCUCAGUUUAUUGAGGCCUGCUUGAUCUAUGACCCCGCUCUGCGGCCAAGCGCGUUUGUCCUAUUAAGCCAUCCCUUCUUUGACGCCGAAUUAAGCGACGAUCAUAUUAUGCGCGAGCAAGCGAAAAAUCCACCUCUGGAAGCCGGAGACACAGCUGCCUCAAGCAAGUUGUGCGGACCACAAGAACUAACCGACCCGGAGACCACUCCACCAAAAACGGUCAUGACUUGCAGGGAGCCGUCACCUCACGAACUAGACGCUAUUUCCGUAGAGUCGCCGCCAAAUCCGCCGAGCACCAGCGCAUUAAAAUCGCAAGGCGACAAAGCUCUGUCGCGCAGCAAUAUAGACCUGUUGUGCAGCGAAUUAGACGCGAUUUAUGACACCAAUGAGUCAUUGAAGCCAAGACGGAUCCUUUCCUCGCAGAACUGCAAAGGAUUUGUGUGACUACUUUUACCGCUGGUUCUCUGUUCUUUGCGCACGCGUUGUCCAUUGUUAAGUGCAGAUCUUGCUUGUAUAUUAUUUCUUUAUAUAUUUUUACAUUAAUGUUUUCCAGUGUUAACUUUCUCAUGUUCUCUUCGCAAUUUCGUGUGUUUGAUCUAUGAAAUUUUUGACAACUGCUCUCGUGCCAUGCCAUCAAAUACUAAUAACGUUUAAUAAACAAUCAA